AACUAAAACUAGUUGAAUUUCGGUAUUCGGUUUUAUCUGACGUGUUCACUCUUUCUCUUGCUUCAGUUGUUGUAUCAAGUAAAAAGCACCAACCAUUCCAGCAGCCGUAGUGUGAUAAAAAAAAAUAAACUUUGUGUUUAUAUUCCAUCCAUUUUUUUAUUUCUUAAGCAAAUCUUCGAUUUGUUUGCUUUUUUUUUGUUGAUUAGUGUAAAAAGUUAUUUUUCCUGAUUAGAUCAACAACUCAUCUUAGGAAUUCCAAAAUGUCUGAAUUAGCAUCACCUAUAAAGAAAUUCUACGCUGGACGUAAUGUUUUUAUCACUGGUGCAACUGGAUUUGUUGGAGUUUGUCUGAUUGAAAAAAUCCUUCGUGAUCUGCCAAACAUUGGUAAACUAUACCUGUUGAUGCGUCCAAAGAAAGGAAAGUCUAUUGAACAAAGACUUAAGGAUUUGGAAAAAAAUUCUGUAUUUGAUAAAAUGAACGAAGGAGAGGCUAGUGCUCUGUUCGCAAAAUUGGUGCCAAUAAGUGGAGAUGUAGGGGAAGAAAAUCUGGGAAUAUCCCCUGAAGAUCAGGAAGUUUUAGCUGAAAAUAUAAGUGUUGUAUUUCAUUCCGCUGCUACAUUGGAUUUUUUCCAGUCCUUGAAAGAAACAACAAAUAUCAAUUUGAGAGGUACACGUCGUGUUAUGGAACUGUGCAAAAAGCUUCCUAAACUUGAGGCUCUUGUUCAUGUAUCUAGUGCUUUUGUGAACUCUUUCCUUCUCGACACCGAAGAGAUCCUUUAUCCAGCUCCAGACGAUCCAGAAAAGAUUAUUCAUCUAGCUGAAACAUUGAGUGACGAGGCUUUAAAAGAAUUGGAACCAAAGCUUUUGAAGGAUCACCCCAACACUUAUACUUUUACUAAACAUUUAGCUGAGCAUGAGGUUGAUAAAUGCGCCAAUGACUUUCCUUGUGGAAUUGUUCGACCAAGCAUGAUUACUGCUGCAUGGAAACAACCAGUUCCAGGUUGGACAAUUUCAAAGAACGGACCACAGGGGUUCUUCAUGGGAGCGUCAAAAGGUGUCAUCCGUCGGUUGCCGCUAGAUCCUUCAUUAAUAAUGGAUUACAUUCCUGUAGAUGUUGUGGUUAACCAAAUAAUCGUAACUGGAUACUACGUCAACAGUCUCAAAGUCAAAAAUGGUGGAACUCCAGUGGAUUUGCAAAUUUUCCAUUGUACCUCAAGUACUUACAAACCUUUCCGUUUUGAAUCGUUAACCAAUAAAAUGAAUUUGUACAUGCACCAGUACCCACUUAAGUCAGCUGUUUGGUAUCCAAAUUUGAAGCUUGUUAAAAGUUUGUUCCUGUUCAGAGUAGCUGCUAUAUUCUUUCAUUUUCUUCCUGCAUAUAUUCUAGACUUCAUUACAAAACUUGGUGGAGGCAGACCUAUACUAGUUCGACUUCAUACAAACGUAUGGAAUUCAUUGAGUACAUUGGAGCGUUUCAUUUUUACAGAAUGGCAUUAUGACAACAAAAAAACAUUGCAACUAGCCAAGGGCCUUGAUCCUCGAGAUAAGGAAAAUUUCUUCAUUGAUAUUGGAGAACUAAAAUGGGAAGACUAUUUUCACAAUAUGUUAUUGGGUGUUCGUCAAUACCUUAACAAUGAAUCUCCAAAGAACCUUGAAGCAGCCAGAAAGAAGGAAAAGAUUUUGUUGGGUCUUCAUGUACUAUUGCAGUGCCUUUUCUAUUUGGGUGUCUGGAAGGUAAUUGGAUUUGCAUUUGGAUUAUCAAACGCUAAGGCAGCUCUUCUGUUGCCAAUAGUGUAUGUCCUAUUUGGUAUUUUAUAAAUUCCUUCUAUAAUAAAGAUUUUCAUUAAUUUGGUGAAGUUGGUGUCUAAAAAUAACAUUACAAAUAAAAAGUAAAAAGUAUAAUACUUACAUAAUAUGUAUUUUCUUAAAUAAUAUUUAUUAAUUUCUCGGAAACAAUGAAUUAUAAUUAUAUAACUUAAAUGUUUAAAUAAACUUUUAAAAAGUUCUUGUUCUUAA